AUGUCCAACUUGCUUUUUGACGAAUGGAGCGGGUUUCUCGUCCGCCUGACGUCCCAAGUCCACGUCCAGCACGGUGAACGCCGACUUCGCGGCACCGGCUGGACGUUGACAGGCCAGCUCCGGACCGGUCCCGUUCCAGAUCGGCGCGUUGACUCCGCCGAGCACCAGGCCAGCGCCGACAAACUCUCACCAUCAAGUACUUCGACCUGCUCAGCGUGGUCGGCGCAGGGCAGCUUCAGCGAUGUGCCGCCGCCUGUUUACGCGACCAAGCUGCUGCUGAUGCCCGCUCAAGCUCGAGUGCCUGGCACGGCUCAGGCGUCGAGCGUCUGUCUGCCGCGAUCUGAAGUCCGGAGAACAUUCCUGCUGGACUGGCAGGUCCACAUAGCUAUAUGUGACUCUGGGGCCGGUGAAGGUCUCGCCAGGCUGUGUGACGGGCACGGCCGGGCUCUCUCGAAGAGAUGCACGCAGGAUCUGUUCCUGGCGCUUCCGCUACCAUCGCCCCUGUCCCCGCGCUCGAAGCUGCCACGGGAGCGCCGUCGACUCCGAGCCGUUCGUGGAUCCGUGCGGUUCCAAGUUGAGACUGUGAAUAGUUGGGAGUAA